AUGAAAAUUCCAGUAGACGAAACACAGGCCACUGGUGAGGAAAGAGCCGAGCAGAAAAAGAAAGAGAUAGAAGCUGAAUUUCUUCGAUAUAAACUUGCAAGACGAGCUGCAGCACAGCGCCAUGCAGAAGAGAAGGCAAAUCGUGAUAGUGAAGGAAACGAUCCUGGAAUUGAAAUUCCGGAGGUGGAGGUUGGCCAAAUUAAGGAUCGCUUUGAAAAAGGAAAUAUUUUUACGAGUCAACAUGGAGACAAAUCGGAAUUAGAUGUCGAAAUUAAGAUGGCGGGUAAAGCACGCGAGAAAUUUAAGCAAAUCGACGCAGAAGGUUCACAUCCAGUUGCACCUUCUCAUGAAAAUAAGGAAAGAGUUGCGAGUAAAUGGGACAAAAAAGAUAAUAUUAUUGUACCUGAACCAGUAAAUAAAAGGGUUAUCGAAGAUGAUGUAGAUGAGCCCGAAGAUGAAGAUGCUUAUGACGUUAAAAAUUUAAUGAACAAAUUCAAGAACAUUGAGAAAGAGCCAGUUAAACUUACUACUCACGAAAGGCCAACUGAUCUUGAAGGGAUCAAAGUUGAAGCUCGAAGUCUAAAAGAGCAAUUUGAAAAAGUUGGCGAAAGUGAAAAUGAAAAUAUUGAUGAAAAGAGGAAAAUAAUUGAAGAGGAGUUCGCUCGACUUAAACAAGAAAAAGAAGCAGCAGCUGCAGCUGCAAGAGAAUCGACUCCAGAGGAAGAAAGGACUCCAACUAAAGAAGAAAUUCACAUUGCCGCUGAUCAUGCUUCAAAAAUGACUGCCAAGUGGGAAAAGAUUCAACAGAAGGAAGCAAAAAAAGCCAAAAAAAGUAAAAUGCCGGCGAAAUCAGCUGUUCAUGCAAUGCUAAAUGCACGAAUUUCAUCGAUCCCUCGAUGCAGUUCUUGUGGCGGCGAUGUCUAUAUAACCGAAUUGUUUCAAUAUUUAUCCAAUGUUUAUCAUCGUCAAUGUUUUCGCUGUACCCAUUGUAGCUCUAUACUCAGAGUCGACAAUUGCCAGAGAUCACCUGAAGGCUCAUUAUUUUGCGAAACUCAUUAUCGACGCUUUUUUAUGCUACCAAAUUUCGUUUUACGCGAUAAACAGUCAUGUAGUAGAAGUAUCGUGAAUGCGAUGAAACUUGACUCAAAAAGUAAUGACUUAGAAAAAUUCGAGCUGGAAGUGAUGGUCGUCAUUGUUUCCACUUCUUUUACUGUUUCAAGAGGUGAAAUAAAUAUAUCAGACGAAUUAGCAUUGAUUGAACGAAUUUCGUCGAUCGAUGUCGCUUUGACUUUACCAGAUUUGCCAAUGAGCGAUGGUACUACCAUUUCAGGAUAUACAAUAGGAUAG